GACCAAACUUCGGUACAAGAAACACCUUAGCUCUGGCUGGCCUAAUAAGCGGGGUGGCAUGAGUUGGCUUGGAAGAAUCAACGAGGGCGACCCCUCAAGUCACUCGAGCUGCCGAAGCAACCCAAAGCCUCCGCCUCACUCUUCCAAGCAAGCCAUGCAGUUAGGCUAGCUAAGUAGCCAAGCUCUAGCGGCUGCCCAUUCCUCCGUCCAUGCCCUCCCCCUCUCCUCCUCCUCGUCGUCGUCCCGCCACCACCGAUGUCUUGCGCGGCGGCGGAGGCCGGGCUGGUGGCCAUGGACUGCGUGGUGGUGUGCUGCUGCUGCCCGUGCCUGGUGCUGCAGAUCACCGUGUUCCUCUUCGUCCGGCUGCCCCGGAAGGUGGUGGUCAAGUCCAAGAGGGUCUUUCUGCGGCGAUGGCACAGGAGGAGGAGGAGGAGAUCGGCAUCCGCCGCCGCGAAGAGGCUCUCCAGAAGCGGCAGCACGGCCUCGUCCUCCGGCAUGAGGCGGCUCGAGGAGCUGCUGGACGGCGAUUUCAGAGCCACCUUCAGGGAUAUCAACGGAGGGGAGUGCAGCGGCAGCGACGGCGACGUCCGCGGUAGCUGGAAGGAGAAAUGCUUCGCCAUGGACGACUACGAUGGCGGUGUCGGCUGGAAGCAGAGGUGCUUCGCCGUCGACAGCUGCGACGACGACGGCGUGUGGGAGGCGCUGGUGGGGCAGGAGGGGCUCUUCUGGUUCGGGAGCUUCUGGGGCCGGACAGAGCAGGGCGACCCCGUGUCUUCCGAGGAUCAGAUGUACGCAAGCUUGAGCCUGCCGGUAGUUCUAGAGAGAGUGCGGGAUUAGGCACCGAUGAUGAUGCAGUUUGAUGCAAGCGGCUUGCGUUGCAGCUUCUAAAUGAGGUUUCUACUUUUCCA